CCGCCCGCUGCCGCCGAUAAAUCCCAGCGCCGGGAGCAGCGCGGCACUCGGCGGCUGCCGCGCUGCGGGGAGGCGGCGGAGCUCGGCCCCCUCCCCGCGGCGGACACCCCCCACAGGGGAGCAGGAGCCGCGGCAUCGGAGCCCAGUUGCAUAUAGAGCAUCUCUUUCAAAUGGAUAACUUCUGAACCUGGAACUCUUCAUUACCAACUUCUUGCAUCCUGGAGGGGAAAAUGAAUUUCACAAAUUGCACCACUGAAGCCAGUGAGGCUGCAAAGCCAAAGACAGUAACUGAGAAGAUGCUCGUUACCCUGACCUUGGCCACAAUCACAACCUUGACUAUGCUGCUGAAUUCUGCUGUAAUUGCAGCAAUCUCCACAACCAAGAAGCUCCACCAGCCGGCAAAUUAUCUCAUAUGUUCACUGGCUGUGACAGAUCUCCUUGUUGCUGUUCUCGUCAUGCCCUUGAGCAUCACUUACAUAAUGAUAGAUAAAUGGACUUUGGGGUACUUCAUCUGUGAGAUCUGGCUCAGCGUCGACAUGACCUGUUGCACGUGUUCGAUCCUUCAUCUGUGCGUCAUUGCGCUGGACAGGUACUGGGCCAUCACAGACGCCAUCGAAUACGCCAGGAAAAGAACGGCAAAAAGGGCUGGGCUGAUGAUAGUCACUGUGUGGACUAUCUCUGUUUUCAUAUCAAUGCCCCCCUUGUUUUGGAGAAAUCACCACAGCAUCAGUAUUCCCAGUGAGUGUCGCAUUCAGCAUGACCAUGUCAUCUACACUAUUUAUUCCACAUUUGGGGCAUUUUACAUCCCCUUGACUUUGAUCCUGAUCCUGUACUACAGAAUUUACCAUGCUGCAAAGAGCCUUUACCAAAAGCGGGGUUCAAGCCGCCACCUCAGCAACAGGAGCACCGACAGCCAGAACUCUUUUGCCAGCUGUAAGCUCACACAGACAUUCUGUGUCUCAGACUUCUCCACGUCUGACCCAACUACAGAGUUUGAUAAAAUCAACGCAUCCGUGAGGAUCCCUCCUUUCGAGAAUGACUUGGACCCAGCUGGUGACCGGCAGCAGAUCUCCACGACACGAGAACGAAAGGCUGCUCGCAUUUUGGGGCUGAUUUUAGGUGCUUUCAUUUUGUCCUGGUUGCCCUUUUUCAUCAAGGAACUGCUUGUGGGUCUCCAUAUUUGCACUGUCUCUCCAGAAGUAGCAGACUUCUUGACCUGGCUUGGGUAUGUCAACUCGCUCAUCAACCCUUUGCUGUACACGAGCUUUAAUGAGGAUUUCAAGCUGGCCUUUAGAAAGCUCAUCAGGUGUCGAGAACAUACUUAAAAGUACUGAGAGAAGAUGCUGGCAUGACUCCUGGCCUUAAAAAUGAGCAAAACUAUUUGACUCUGCCACUGUUUCCCUUGAUAAAGGGGAUUUUUGUGUUUGCCUAUUUGCUUGACUGUUCUUCAGCCUGUAAUUCAUUAUGCCAUUUUUUUAAUCUCUAGUGUUAUUCAUAGUAAAGGGUUUGAAAUAAAUUUAUUCUACAAAGGAAAAGAUUUUUUAGCAAUGAAACAACAAAAAAAUAUUAUUAGUAUUAGGUACUCAUGUCUAAGACAUUUGUGUAAUUGACGAUUCAAGAAGCAACAAUAUUCACUUUUAUACUUUUUCCAUUUAAGAUUCAAACAUCUAAAUUAUGUACUGUAUAAACUAAACCUAAUAAAUACAUAUUUAAAAAUUAAUAAACAGUUCAUGGCCA